AGACAUUCAACGAUGUCUCUAAGGUCGUAUGUUUUAUCGGCUAUUCAUAACGUAGUGGAGAAUAAAUCUGAAGUUUCUGUCUCAUCUGAUCAACAAUCGCAAGCCCAAGGACGUGAUCAUGGGGCCGUCAAUCAGACAAGCCAUACCAGUAACCUCGAAAACAGAAAAGCAUCUGGCACACCAUCUAUUCGACCUAUUCCUAAUUUCAACGCCAUGCAAGAUGCGGAGACGUUGCAGAGUCUAAUAUAUACUGCCAACAAGUCAAAUUCUAUUAGCUUUCUCUGCGGGCGCCCUAGUUUUCAAAGGCAGGAGAUUUCGAAGGCAUACCAGAGUAUGUACGGAAAAGACUUGAUAGAGGUGCUUAGUUCGCAGAUGAAUCAAGAAGCAAAGGCCAUUAUUCUUGCACUUCUGGAACCAGUCGCCGUCUAUGAUGCCAAGCAACUGCACAGAGCAAUGCUUGGUAAAAGCACUCAGGAUUCAGUUCUCAUUGAAUGUAUGACGUACAUGACUUCAAGAAGCGAUCAACAGCUUGCAGAAAUCGGUCGCAUGUACAAACAGCUUUACCACAAGGAACUCGGAGAAGAAUUGUCAAAUGACAAGCAGAUAGGUUUGCAACACCACCUUGCGUUCUUAUGCGCAAGCGGCGAGACUGCUGUAAAAUUACAUAACGUUGAUAACGCCAUCCUUGGUGACAACUUACUUAAUGCGGAUCGCUUCAACGAAGAUGCUUUGAAGGUUGUCAGCAAUAAUGACAAAGACCUGCAAAAUUUCGUUCAAGAUAAGCAAGUGAUGGGCAACUUCGCCAACGUCUCGACGGAUGUUGCUGUUUUGAGCAAAGCAAAAGAACUAUCAGAUAUCAGUUGGACUGCUGCGAAUGCGCAUGCAAGCAAAGAAGGCUUAGAUGUACUGCAGACCACAGCCGAAAUUAACACGUUGGGGUUGGGUGGUUGUGACCACCUCCACAUCGAAACCAAGCAAAUCACUGGUGAUGCCGAAGCCAAAUUAUGCAGCAGUGAUCAAUUUGGUAGAGGAACAAUCGAGCUCAUUAACAACAACGACCGCACGGGAAAUGAUACCCAUAGCUUUGGAGAUUUCGCCAUUCAGGCAACACAGACUGCUAGCAAAGAUCUUACGGAAAAUGCUUCACACAAUCAACGCGAUGAUAAAUCAGUGCAGAUUUCUAAUGAAACCUAUGCAGGGAAUGCUGCACACAACAGCAGCCAACUUCAGUUCAAUACCACGCAGAUCACUAAUGAGAGCCAGUCUGAUGUGAAGGCAAUGCAGAUAUCCAGUGAGAGCCACAAACAAACGAUUAUGAGCGGUAGUGGCCAUGUUGAUCUCACAACGCAAACUGAUGUUGUGGCAAAAACACAGGACACGACCGCGGGAUUCACAAAUGAAAACAGCGUCGAAACCACAUCAUUCAGCACUGGACAAGUACUGAAGGCAACGCAGAUGUCUAAUGAAAACCGUAUACGAACGGACUCACACGCUGCUAGCCAAUUUGAUGUGAAGGCAAUGCAAAUAUCUAGUGUGAGCCAUACGGGAACGAAUUCUCACGGUGGUGAGCAAAUUGAAGCGAAAGCAAUGCACGUUAGUGGGGAAGCACGAGACGGAAAGGAGUUGCACAUCACCGGUUACGAGGAGUUUGAAGCUAUGGGAAUCAAAAAAGAAAGUCAGUUUGGAAGUGAUGCUUUAAUCGGUCAUACGAAUGUUCAGACAAACCAAGUUAUUCGUGAGGAUCAAAACAAAACCGCAACACAAGCUCAGGUAGAAACAAAAUCACUUAGCAAUGGGCAAUUCGUAAAGACGAUGCAGGUAUCUGAUGAUAGCCGUACAAAAGGAGACUCAUACAGCAGUAACCAAAUCGAUGUCAGUUUAACACAAGUCACUAGUGCGAGUCAUACGGAUGCGAACUCCCGCAGCAGUAACCAGCCCGAUAUUAAGACGAUACAGGUCGAAGGUAACACCCGUAUGGCAGCGAAGUCGCAGAGUAGCAACCAACUUGCUAACACUACUGAGAUCGCCGAGAACCAAACAGGAGCAGUCUCACAGAGCAGUUAUCAAGUUGAUAUGAAAACGAUGCAGGUUUUGGGAAGCCGAACGGAAGCGAGUUCACACAACUACAACCAACGUGAUAUGAAAACAACGCAGAUCACCAUUGAGAGUCGAACGGAAACGGAUUUGCAUAGUAGUAGCCAGCUCGAUGCAAGAAGUUUGCAGAUCGCUGAAGACAGAAAUACUGGCACAGGUUUGCAUAUCAGUAAUCAGUUUGAUAUCAAAUCGAUGCAGAUCACUAGUGAGAGCCGAACGGGAGCCGAUUCGCACAGUGGGAGUCAAAUUAAGAACGAUGAUCGAGUAACCGAGACAGCGCAGAUAUCCAAUAAUAACCAUACGGAAUUAGGGUCGCGUAGUUGCCAUAUCGAUUCAGAUAGAACUCAAAUAUGUGGAAAAGUACAGAAUGGGAAAGGACUUCACGUUACAAACUAUCAAGAAUGCAGUAGGACAGGGACUAAAGAUGUGGGCAAAGUGGAAACUAAUACGCCUGGUGGUUAUAUGAAUGCGCAAACGGACCAAUUUUCUCGAGGAUGCGUCGAAACGACAUCAUUCAAUAGUGAGCAAUCGACAAUGCAGGUUUCUGAAGAGGGUCGCUGGAAAGCAGAUUUCCAGAGCAGCAAUCAGCUUGAUGUGAAAACGCAAGUCACAAAUGGAAGCUGUUAUAGUGCGCACUCGCAGCGCAGCAGCAACCAACUUGAUAUCAAAUCGACGCAGAUGAGUAAUGAGAUUCGCAUGGAAGAGAACUCGCAGAGCGGUAGCGAACUUGUUCUCAAACCAGAACAGGUCAAAGGUGACGAACAUGCGGUAGCGGAGUUGCAAAAUAGGAACUUCGAUAUAAGGACGACGCAGAUUUCUAAUGAGAGCCACAGGGUUACAGACUCGCACGGCAGCAACGAACCCAACAUCAGAUCGAUGCAAUUUAGUGGUGAGCUCCACAUGGAGACGAACUCAAACACUAGCGCAGCGCAAGAUGAGCGCAUCACUGGCCGUCAGGAAUCCAGAACUCUAGGACUUGAAGAUAUGAGCAAAUCCAAAAAUGAUGCUCCAGUCGGUUAUAUGAAUGUGCAGACAGGUCAAUAUUCGCGGGAAAACUGCGUCGAAACGGCAUCCUUUAGCAGUGAAGAAACGAUGCAAAUAUCUGAUGAAAGUCGUACGGGAAGGGAUAUGCAUAGCAGCUACCAUAGUACCGAUAUACGACAACUUGAGGAUGAGCAAAAGGAUUUGUACAGCAGCAGCCACUAUGAUAUAGAAUCGAAGCAGAACACUAGUGAGGGUUCCAUGAAGAAGAACUUGGACAGCAGUACCCAGCUUAAUGUCAUAGAAUUUCAGUCAUCCAGAGCGAGCCAUUCGGAAACCGCCUCGCUUGGUAGUGGCUACGUUGAAGUAAAAACAGUGCAGAGUGGUGGAGAAGCUCAAGAUGGAAAGGGGUUGCACAUCACCGGUUACGAGGAACACAAGAUGGCAGGAACCAUCGAGAGCCAAUCUAAUGAUGCAGUCGGCCUUUAUACGUACGUGCAAGAAGGUCAAUUCUGUCGAGAAGAUCGCCAAGAUCAUGUGUAUUUACACAGUGGUAACCAACUCGAUGUAAGAAGUAAGGAAGUAACCUAUGAGGGAAGUACUGAAACGGUUUCGCAUAGCAGUAGCGAUUUCGAUUUAAAGACAAUACAGGUAGAAGCUGACCGCCAUAUGGCAGCGAAGUCGCGGAGCGAUACACAAAUUAGGGAGACGACGCAGAUUACUACUGAGAACCGAACAGGAACGAACUCUCAAAGCGAUUACAAACUCGAAAAAAUGAUGCAGAUUUCUGGGAGCCGAACAGAAGCAGACUUGCACACCAGCGGUCAGCCCGAUACUAAACCGAUGCAGGACAUUGCUGAUGCAGCGAGAGCGAGUGGUAAUGACCACCUCGAUAUGGAAACACCGCAAUAUACUGGCACAGUGCAAGACGGAGGGGACCUGCACAUUAUUAAGUACCAAGAAUUCAAUACCACUCAAGCCAAAGAAGAGAGUCACUCAAAAACUGAAGAAUCUGGCGGUUAUGUGCGCACAGGACAAUUUAUCAAUGAAAGUUGCACCGAAACGACAUCGUCCAGCACUGGCAUAUCCACGAAGUCGGUGAUUUCUAGUCAAAGCCAUGUGGAGAUAAACUCACAAUGCGGUGGCCAGCCCGAUGUGAAAACUACGCUAAUGACCGGUGAGAACAGUAUGAGAACGGACUCGCAAAGCAAAAGUUGCUUCGAUUUCGAGACAACGCAUAUUACUGAAGAACAAAAAGAACGAGCGGACGCGAACUUACACAGCAACCAACUCGAUAUCAAAAAGAAGGAAAUUACUGAUGAAAACUAUACGGGAGCAAAUUCGCACAAUAGCAGCCAACUCGAUGUAAAGGCAAUGCAAAUAUCUUGUGAGAGUCAUACGGAAACGGAUCUGUACGGCAGUGCCCAACUCAAUAUCAGAUCGACGCAGAACAUCAAUGAGAACCGUACGGAAACGGAAUUGAGCAGUGCUGGCUACAGUGACGCAGGAAGAGCACAGGCUGGAAAGUUAAACAGCACUAACUACGAAGAAUCGAAAACCACAAGCAAAGAGGAAAACAGGUCGAAGGUUGAUGCUUAUAGCGGUUCUGUGGAUAUGCAGAUGGAUCAGUCUUCUCGCGAAAGCCGUACCGAGACGACAUCAAUCAGCAGUGAGCGGUCAGUGCAGACAAUGCAACCAAGUGAUGAAAGUCGUACGGCAAAAGACGCACACAGCAGGAGUCAACUCGAUGCACGAGCUACGCAAAUUACUGGCAAUAUAAAAACUGAAACUACGCAAAGCAGCAGCCAACUCGAUAUCAAAGCGAUGCAGAUCACUAGUGAGAGCCAUAUGGGUGCGGACGCGCACAGCAAUACCCAAAUCAAUGUAAAAACUACCGAAAUCACUGGUGAGUGCCACGCUGGAACGGGAACGCAGAGCGAAAGCCAACUUGACAUAAAGACGACGCAGAUAAUUGGUAAGGAGCGAGUGGGCGCGGACUUGCACAGCAGUGAUCAACACGAUAUGACAUCAGCAAAACUUACUGGAGUUACGGGAACAGACUCACACAGCAGUAGCCAAGUUGACAUCAAGAAGACGCAGAGCAGUGGAGAACAUCUUACCGGUUCAAGCAGUGAUCAAGUUUACAUUAAGACGACGCAGGUGACUGGAGGGAUCUUAUCGGAAGCUGACCGUAGCGACCAUCAUAUGGAAGGAAUGUUCACUGGGGAGGCACACAAUUUGAAGGAGACUGCUUCUCAAGAGACGAAAAGCGAACAAAAUAUAGGGCUAACAAACCAGCACUUUGGUGAGAGCUGCGCCCCAGUUGGAUCGUGCAGUAAAUCCAUUACUACCGACAAUUCUACUUGCUCGUCGAUUGGUGGCCUUACAACGUUCAGUAGAGAAGUGCACAGUACCCUGAUGAGUCAUAACCCAAGCGAAUACUGUAGCAGCGAAUCCUCUUCCGGAACAAUCUCGUACAGUUUUCAGAAGCUCUCUCUAAGUUCCGACGAUAACUUCUUCGACGAAAUCCUCAAAAACAGAAAUGAGGGUUAUCUGCAAAAUGUUCUGGAAAAGUACCAAAGGGAAAAUAAGCAGACGGUCGAGGAAGCAAUUGAUUCACAGUUUUCUGGCUACGUAAGAAAGGGUCUACGCGCUGCUGUUGACGUAGUGCGCAAUCGUCCAGCCUACUUUGCUAAGCAGCUCCAUCAAUGUCUGGAAAGUCAUGGGACUAGAGACGAAGACCUUCUCCGACUCAUAGUGAGUCGAAGCGAAUUUGAUAUGGUUGACAUAAGAAGACAAUUUUCGGAAAUGUUUCAUGCUUCACUGGAAAAUAUGAUCAAGACGAACUGCUCAAUUAUUUAUAGAGAUACUCUCAUUGCACUUGUUAAUGGGAAUAACAUUUGAAUUGUGGACGUAGCACUUCGAAUAAACAUGCUGUGG